GAUAUUUCAUUUUUCUGGGAGAGGGCUGGAUGAUAACUUCCCACAGCUGUUUCCAUGACUUAGCUGCAAAAUAGCUAAUGACAUUUUAGUCUGACAAGUUGCAUUCAUACUAUAGCAUACUGUGCUAUAGUACUACCUUAUAAUUUAAUGUCAUGCAACUGGGCAAAGCAAAUUAUUACUAAUUAUGGGUGUGUUGUGAAAAUAUUGCUCAAAAUGGAAGACCUUGUAUAAAUGGAAGACUCUGACCAAGACAAUAGAGCAGAUUGCUUAUCCUUUUUUCCCCAGAAACCAUAUUCUACCAUAGAUUUUUUGCAUCAAGAUUCCAUAAACACAUGAAUAGGAUUUUUCAGUUGAAGAUAUAAGGAGAAAGUCACUAUACAGGUAGCUUAGAAAAGGGAAGGCCAUCUUUCAAAUAACAUUUGUUUUGGAUGCCCAUCCCAUCCCCCACCCCAAUCCAGGCCUCUCAAUCAAUGGAAACUGUCCUUUGAGUAAACGCUCAGGGCAGGUAGCAGUGUUUCCCAAUAUGGGGGGUAGAAUGGCAUAAUUCACAUAUACCAAGCCUUAGUUUGCCUGUCAAUGGUUUAUUUACUAAACCUCACUUGCCUAAGCAUUUGUAUAACACAUUAAAUUAUAAACGAACUCUGAUUUUGAAACCAUAGCAGUAUAAUUCACAUAAUAUGCUGAAGCAAAGUGGAACAAAUUUAUAAUUAAAUUAUAAAUGUAAUUAUGAAAAAAGAUUAGUGUAAUGUGUGAAUGCAUAUAUAAAAAUAGGCUUUUAGAUGUGAUGCACUACAAAUGGUGCUACUGCUAAUCAAACAUAUAUUUUUGCUUUCCAGGAUCACAGACGGAAACAUAGAACAUUACAAUCAUAAUUUCUUACAGUGGAAGGCAUGGAUUGGGACGCACGCCUCAGUUCUAUAUUGGUUGAAACAGACAGCAACAUGACCAAAAUUAAGCAACAUCUAAACACAGACAGCAUCUCUUCCAAAGCUGAUUCGUUAGUGGGCAGUAUAAAUAUUAGGAGUCCUGUUCCAACUCAGCCACAGACUGGACUACCAUCCUUGCAUUUCACAUGUGGAAUUCACCCAUGCUGUAGAAUGGCCAAUGAGGAACUUUCAACUAUCAGCCAGCAAAUACAUUCACAAGCCCAGAUUAUAGAGUCACUCACCCAAGCAGUAUGUCGGCUCAAACAAGAGAAAGAACAGCAGCAGCAAAGUAUUAAUCAUCUAGAAGGUGAAAUGAAUCGCCUACAGCAUAAUUCACCUGGUAGCUUUGAAUCAUUGCUGGGAUGCCGGAUGGAAGGGUUGAAGAAUGAGCUCUGCAGCCUUCGACAACAUGUGCUUCAUCAGUCAGAUGGAGAUUGUACUCCUGAUCUGUUUUCCUGUCCUGGCGUCAUGCAAGAUAAGUUGGAGAGUAAAAAAAUCCUAUGGCAAGAAUACGAGUGCAUCAAAAGAGAAAUAGAUCAGCUGAAACAUAAACUUGAUUGCCACGAAGAGGAACUAUACAAUCAAGUUUCUGCAACUCAUGAGAUUAAAAGAAUCCAAACCCGGUACUGUAAGAUGUUGGAAGAAUUAAUAAACACACAUAAAGCUCAGGUUCUGGAUUUUGACAAAACAAGGAAUGAAACUCAGAACACCCAACAGGAGCUCAGUGUUGUCAAAUCUACAGUGAGUGAUCUAAAAGAACAAGUGAAAUGUCUCAGCUUAGAAGACAAGUAUACUAUGCAACCCAAGAAGGAUAGCACUCAUCUGGAAAAGAAUGAAGAGUUACUGCAUGAAGAAGACUUAUCUUUCUCCUUUAGUAGUGAUGAUUCUAUCUCUGAGUUCAGUCUCACAGAUGUCAGCUCGGAUGAACUUUUCAGUGAAACAGAAGUUGUACAACUUGUUGAUGACAAGGUUUCUUUACCAAGUUUGAAACUGGAGAAUAUCCACGGAGAGGCAAUUGGUAGCAUGUUGGAGAGGGCAGAAAUCAGCAGUGAAUUAUCCACCAGUUUGCCUGAGCUGAACUUCAGUGACCUUUAAAGCAUCACUUAAGGGCUGCCUCAUGCUUUUUAAUGAGGAAACAAAUUAAAGAGAGGAAAAAAAAACAUGAGUUGUUUUCAACAUGCUAAGAUGCUUUUGUACAGAUAUUGCACGAGGUAGGAGGAGCAGAAGUCCUAUGUCCUAUGUCAUGUUGGUAUGUCAGGAUUUGCUGGGUGGGUGUGGAAUCAUUUCAAAGAAACAGUGCAUCUUGUUAGUAGCUUCCAGUGUCUCUUUCUAGAAAUGAAACAAUGGUAUUAAUGAAACCCAAUGUAUGUCAAAUAUGAUAUAUAUAUAUUUUCCCCCAAAAACUUAAAUAGUCUGUAACCUAACAUAGGCAAGAAAAAUAUUCUGGAAGUUAAUUCAACUUAAACUACAAAACCUGUUAAUUUGGUCAGUAUCUGUAAUCCAGGAAAGAAGGAAGCAUCUACUAAAGGACAGAAGAGCCUAUACUAUAUUACAUGUAUGAAACCAUUAAUUUGCCAGUGCACCAACAGGUGAUUAAGACAAACUUUGCUGUAUAUGAAUGCAUGUUAGAGUUUUGUGGUAUAGACAAGUUUUCAGGACAGUGUGGCUCAUCAUGUCUUGUUCAGGAGCAACUGGAAUUAUUGGAUAAUUCUCAGUGUGCCCAUCUUGUUUUCUUCGCCACUGAACUGUUACACUGUAGUCUUUGGGGUCAUAAGGGAACUAAUGUGUCUUAAGUGACAAGGUGUCCAAGGUUACUGAUUUUGAGUUAGGUGGGGAAGAAAUCAGUGUAGCUUCUUAAUUAUCAUGCCUUGGGUCAUUUUCAGUGAAUGGCAAAUGUUAAAAUAAAAUCUUAAGAGUCAUGCUAUAGUUAGGUUUUUAUCCAAGCUAAAAUGUAGCCUAUAUUAUUUAAGUCAAUGAGGAAAUACGUCAAACCACAUGUGGAUUUAUUUGUGCUGAAGUUUUCCUUAGUUUGCAUUGUGUCACUAAACUUUUAAAUAGAAGAAUAUUACAAUAAAGGUUACUUUCUCCUUGACAACUUUAUGGUUAAAAUCAUACACACAUGCAGGACAUCCUUGCAACUUUUAAAGUGAAAGAUUUCCAUUUGUGGGAAUUAUUAACAGAAAAGUCAUGAAUGACUUUUGAAAAGUAAAGCUACAGUAUAAAGAAUAUAGCAUAUCAGGUGUCUCUAAUAUUACAUCUCCUCUCAAAUGUGUAGUCUUUGCAUUCCUGUUACAGUCUGGAUUUAAUUUGGGCAGUGAUACAUUCUUAUUUAUUUAAAAAACAAGUUAAAAAAUAAGGCAUGUUUUCCUCCCGAA